CACCGCCACCCGAGAGCCCAGGCGGAGGCUCGUGCGGCUGGCCGGGCUGGUGCGGGCGCGGUAGGAGCUGGGCGCGCACGGCUACCGCGCGUGGAGGAGACACUGCCCUGCGGCCAUGGGUGCCCGGGCCGCUCCUUCACGCCGGAGACAGGCAGGGCGGCGGCUGCGCUACCUGCCCACGGGGAGCUUUCCCUUCCUCCUCCUCCUGCUGCUGCUCUGCAUCCAGCUCGGGGGAGGACAGAAGAAAAAGGAGAACCUUUUGGCAGAAAAAGUAGAACAGCUGAUGGAAUGGAGCUCUAGGCGCUCGAUCUUCCGAAUGAAUGGAGAUAAAUUCCGGAAGUUUGUAAAGGCACCACCUCGAAACUACUCUAUGAUUGUCAUGUUCACAGCCCUUCAGCCUCAGCGCCAGUGCUCUGUUUGCAGGCAAGCUAAUGAAGAAUAUCAAAUACUGGCUAAUUCAUGGCGCUAUUCAUCUGCUUUUUGUAACAAACUAUUUUUUGGUAUGGUGGACUAUGAUGAGGGAACAGAUGUUUUCCAACAGCUGAACAUGAACUCUGCUCCUACAUUUAUGCAUUUUCCUUCAAAAGGCAGACCCAAGAGAGCUGAUACUUUUGACCUUCAACGAAUUGGAUUUGCAGCUGAACAGCUAGCAAAGUGGAUUGCUGACAGAACAGAUGUUCAUAUUCGGGUUUUCAGGCCUCCCAACUACUCUGGUACCAUUGCUUUGGCACUGCUAGUAUCACUUGUUGGAGGUCUUCUAUAUUUAAGAAGGAACAACUUGGAAUUCAUCUACAAUAAGACUGGCUGGGCCAUGGUGUCUCUGUGUAUAGUCUUUGCUAUGACGUCUGGCCAGAUGUGGAAUCAUAUUCGUGGACCUCCAUAUGCUCACAAGAACCCACACAAUGGACAAGUGAGCUACAUUCAUGGGAGCAGCCAGGCUCAGUUCGUGGCAGAGUCACACAUUAUUCUGGUACUGAAUGCUGCUAUCACCAUGGGGAUGGUUCUUCUAAAUGAAGCAGCAACUUCCAAAGGGGAUGUUGGAAAAAGACGGAUAAUUUGCCUAGUGGGAUUAGGCCUGGUGGUUUUCUUCUUCAGUUUUCUACUUUCAAUAUUUCGUUCCAAGUACCAUGGCUAUCCUUACAGUGAUCUGGACUUUGAGUGAGAAGAUGUGAUUUGGACCAUGGCACUUAAAAACUCUAUAACCUCAGCUUUUUAAUUAAAUGAAGCCAAGUUGGAUUUGCAUAAAGUGAAUGUUUACCAUGAAGAUAAAGUAUUGAUCUUAUACCAUUUUGAAUUCUUGAAUUCAUUUCUUUGGUGAUUGUGAUAAGCUAGCUUAUUCUUGUAUACUUUUUUUAAACAGUGGAUUUUCCUAGUAAAUAUAAUUUAUAGAAAUAGGUAACGAUAUUGAGUAAUUCACAGGGAGAACAUCAAAGUGUUUUUCAAUUAUAUUUUACUCAGUGUAUGCUCCAGGAUUGAAUUAAAUGACAGUGUAACUAUGAAUUCAUGUUUUAGAACUGUCCAUUCAUUAGUAAAGGAAACUACUGUGUUAGUAAAGGAAAUGUGGAAUGUAUGUUAAAGAAUCAUUAGUAAUGUAUUGGGAUAAAGCAUAUGCAUGAAAUCUGUCAUGUGUGGAAAAUUAUGCUUACUGCUGUUUCUGCUAUAAAGGACAUGCACUGUUA